CCAAGUUCCGAAAUCUUCCAUCUGUUCAUCAGGAAUUUCUUCGUCUCACUCACACACAUCACAAAUCAGUACUAUUCAACCCUGAACAAUGAGCGAAGCAAUCGACCCUAACGCAUGGAGCCUCCCCUUCCUCCAACCAAAACCCUCCAUCGACCCCCCUACCCCUUCAUCCUCCCCACCAAUCCCUCAAACUCUCAAAAAGACCGCAUAAUAAUCAUCACAGGAGCCAGCCUCGGUCUCGGAGAAGCAGCAGCCAAAGUCUGGGCUCGAGCAGAAGCAAAAGGCAUUGCGAUUGCAGCUCGCAACCUCGACGCGCUCAACAAGCUUGCCGAGGAGUUGAAAAUCAUCAGUCCGUCAACGAAGGUGCUUGCUGUCAAGACUGAUGUUUCUGAUGAGGAGGAUGUGAAGAAUUUGUUUGUGGAGAUUCAGAAGACGUUUGGGCGGGCAGCUGAUGUUUUGCUGAAUAAUGCUGCGAUUUUGGAGGAUAGUGAGAUUGUUGAUACGUCUGUUGAUAAGUGGUGGAAGACCAUGGAAAUCAACCUCAAAGGCGUCUACAGCAUGACGCACCACUUCAUCAACUAUCAACCAAAUCCCAAAGAAUCAACUGCAACAGUCAUCAACGUCUGUUCCGGCCGAGCAGGUUUCACCACUGCAGCCGGAUCCGCCUACAACAUCAGCAAACUAGCCCAACAGCGCUUCACCGAGCAUCUUCAAAUUGAACUCCCCAACCUCCGAGUUUUCACCACCAUGCCAGGCAUAGUCCCUACAGCCAUGCAACAAGAAGCAUUCCGCCCAUUCGCCAAAGACCACGCUGAUCUCACGGGCAUGCAGGCAUUGUAUCUCGUGCAGCCGAGAGCGGAUUUCCUGAAGGGGAGUAUGGUAUGUGUGAAUUGGGAUGUGGAAGAGCUGGAGGAGCACAAGGAAGAGAUUUUGCAGAAGAAGGCGUUGAUGACGGGUUGGAUGCAGGUUUUGCCGCUGUGUGGUGGGAAGGGACUUGGUGCUUAA